UUUGCACUUCUGCCAUCCCGCCCUCCUGGGCACCCGUCUUGUAAUCCUGCGCCAGUGGUAUUCAGUGGCGAUAGCAGUGGAGCUUUGAAGCUGUUUGUGUCCCUGUCAGCCGUCUACCGUCGGCCGAAAACCCACAGCACAGCACACGCUUAUUGCGCCGCAUCUGCAAAUCCCCGAGGUAUAUUCCUCGCACACCGCACUGCCGUUGGGUUUGCCUACGUGCAUCUCUCAUGCCCCCUGUGAGACUGCUGGCACUGACUGUCUGCGGUUGCCUUUCCUCUGCUUUACGGAGACCUGUACGUCCCCAGCUGCACCGCUGCCACUAUCAACAACACCAAUAUCCAACCUCAUCAUCCGCUGUUCACGGUAUUCAUUUCAAGAGCAUGGCGUCAACAAAUGCGAGCCCUAUUACCGCUGGAACAACAACAUGUAGCAGAGAUAGCAGUGGCAGUGUCGAAGGAUCCGCUUCGCUCGGCCUCGACACCCCUGCCGGGAUAUAUCGGUAUCUCCGUGGUCGAUGGGGACUCGAGAAGACCAUCGACUACAAGGCCGGGGGAAUGGCGGGGACCUGGAGAGGAGUCGCAACGUUCUCCCCCCAACAGCAAGCUUGCGACAGAAGCAACACAAGUAAGGAAGAACGAGAACAAAACCACGAUGGUGAUGGUCAGGAUAAGAUGGACCACAACUCUCCACUCCUCCUGCGCUACAAGGAACAGGGAACCUUUCGAGUGAACGGCGAGGGCGCCGGCUUCGAAGCCGGGCAGAGGCUGGUCUACGACUGCAGCGGCCCCGUCGUGCGCGUUCACUUCGUCGACGACCCGAAAAAGCCCGAUGCUCUCCGAUUUUUCCACGAACUCGACUUUCAAACAGCAAGCCCGGACGAGACAACAGCAGGGGCUGGAACGGACGGGAAGGCAGGCGGUUCGGGGGUGGCGGUGGCAGCGGGGGCUAGUUUUGCGCCGCCGCCGCCUCGAGCGGAGUUUGAGCACCUGUGUGUCCGAGACAUGUACAGGGGGGACGUGGAGGUGGUCGGGGCAAACGAGUUCAAGACGAGUUGGCACGUUACGGGGCCGCAGAAGGAUGGCCGCAUAAAUGCCAUCUUUAAACGGAGACUAUCCGAGGAAGACGAUUAACAAGACCGUUCCAUGACGGACAGAGAGGGCCUGCUGCCAGCCUUGAUUAGUUUGAGCAGUCGUGCAAGUUCCUGUGGGUUAUGGGGUACUGCCGCAAGAGCGGCAAAAAUAUCGGCAGCUCUCCUACGCUCAGACAAAGCUAGCUACUGAAGCAUGGAAACCACCCAUCCGGAUACUGCGGCGAUUAUGCUGUUUUCUGGAGCAUUAGCCAGACAACCGGAAGGGUGACUGCCGAAGAAUGAUGUUCGGCGACAUCGUGAGGGGGGAGGACCCAGGCAGGGGGUGCCCGGAACAGAGUUGGGCGAAAUGCUUGAAGGACGACUUCCAAAAGUUCGAUGAUACAGUUCGUUGUCGUUGAUUCACAGGGAGUUAGACAUACACUUCGUAUUACGGUAGACAGAGAGAGCCGGCUGCGUGCAUGUGCGCAGUACAUAUCAACAACGGAGUCGCUGCGACACGGUCUAAAUUGAGUAGAGCGACCGUUGAUCGCAAGUAUGCCCUGAUGGUAGUCUUUUUUGCGGCCUGUAUGACGCUGCUGCCAUGGCAUGUGAGGCACGCGCGGUUGCGGGGUGGAUCGGUGACGGGAAGAAGGAUGGAUAUAAUAUGUAUUCCAGUCGGCAAACAAAUAUCUUCAACAACAUUCCCUUGGUGGAUGAAUGCCUGCACCACAGCAGUCCAGUGACUAUGAUCCGCAUGUUUACCC